AUGUUGAAACAAAGCGCGGGAAUUUUGAUAGCUAUACUAAUAUAUGGAAUAUUGCUUCCGUCAGCCGUAUUUUGUAAUUCGGCAGAGACUCAAAUUUGUUCAGUGUAUAAAAAGGUUGAUAUCAAUAGUGAAAGCAAUAAUGCACUCAAUUCUAUUUCUGACCCAAAAUCAUAUAUUUUUACGUCAAACGGUGAACUCUCAAUGGAUAUUGAAAUAAAAUAUGAAUGUGAUACAAUAAUAUUUAACACGGAAAAUCUUGAUAAACUCGACCUGAUUCAACUAAAAAACGUUGAUUCCAUUAAAAGUUAUACAACUGAUGUGUAUUUAAUUAACAAGAAAGGGUUAUUGGAACUUACAUUUCCGCAUAAUUUACCACGAGGCAACUAUACUCUAUAUUUAAAGUAUCAUCGUGGUGUAAGCUCACCUCAUGCUACACUGCACGAAUGGAUAGCGCUCACAAAUUUUGACGACAAUAGUUUUGAUAAAACCAAUAAUCACGCAAUUAGAAUAUGGAUCAGAAAAAACGCUCUGGGACAUGGAAAAUACUUGAUGGAAAAUGUUGAAAAUUUGAUGAAAGCUUUUGAAAAUUAUACUGGUGUCUUGUACAAAGAAAACAAAUAUGUUAAAUUUGAUUUUAUUGUACUGCCCAAAAGUCACAUGUUCAAACAUAGCCACCAAUACUUUAUUUAUGUCGACGAGGAAUUAUUUGUUGACGAAGAAUACAUUGCCACAGAUGGUAAUGAAAAAUUGUUCCGCGACAUAACAGAAUUGCUGAUCAAUCAUGCAUUCAAAUACUUUAAACCCAGUCUAUUUCGUCCAUACGGACGAUUAAUCUUUCAACUAAGAGAAUAUCUUAAGUAUUAUAUAAUAAAUAAGGCCAUCACUUCAUGGCAUUUAAUGGAUGAGUAUGUUCGGUACCAAAGAUAUCGUAUAUUUGAAAAUGAUUACCUUUACGGUCAUUUGAAUGAAUACGUUUUAUUCGACAAUUAUCCAAACGGCGGCUUACUAAUACGUAUGGCGAUACAUGUGGCAGGGGAAGAAAAUUUUAUUAAUGCACUGCGAGAGUAUCUCAAAAGAAGAAGGAAUACUCAAAACACUGAUUUAUUUUCGGAAUUGAUUGACAUUCCGCGUAAGAAAGUGUUGGAUGAUUGGGUCAAUAUGAAAGGAUAUCCUGUGAUAUCAAUAAAUAGAAAUUACAAAGGUAAUAAAGCGAUUAUAAGACAGUCACGUUUUUUGAGAAAAAGAGAUGAAAAAUCGUCAACUAAAUACUGGAUACCAAUGAACUUCGCGAGUGAAAAUGAUGCUGAUUUUAGUAAUACUACUGUCACAGAUUGGUUCGAUCCUGAAACGGCAUCGAUUGAAAUUAUAGCACCACCUCGAGAUAACUGGCUCUUAGCCAAUAAACAACAGUUCGGCUACUAUCGUGUUAAUUACGAUGAGAAAAAUUGGAAACUAAUUAUUCAGUAUCUCAAAUCGAAUAAUUAUCAUAAAAUUCAUGUGCUUAAUCGUGCACAGCUGAUCGACGACGCAUUUGUUUUGGCUGAAUUUGGAUACCUGAAUUUCAAUAUCGCUUUUGAUUUAGCGAGAUAUCUCAGAUUAGAAACAGAAUACGUCCCAUGGGCUACGUUUUGGGAAAAAAUGUUCCGUUUGUUUCAAUAUUCCUCGAUAUCUAAUUCACAAUAUUAUGAAAUGUUCAAGAACAUGAUUUCGGAGGUAUCUGAAAGCUUAGAAAGAACUAUAUUGUCCGAUGGAGUAUCAACCGAUAAUGAUCGGAUGAAAAGACUUCAAAAAAUAUCAUUUAUAAAGUGGACUUGCUUCUAUGGAUCGAAAUUUUGCAGAAACUAUACGCUAACUAAACUCGAAAAUUGGCUCACUGACCCAGUUCAGCAUCCACUUUUGCCGGAUAUUCGACGAGAAAUGCUUUGUGCCGGAAUUCGUAGUGCCAAUAAAGAUACAUGGAAUAAAUUAUUAAUUAAGUUUUUAAUUAACAAAGACGAUGACAUUUUGUUGGCACUCAUGUGUUCAUCAGAUAAUCAACUAUUGCAAAAAUUAAUGACAAUGUUUGUCAAUGACGAAUUAGUUUACAGGAGUCCGUGGUCUUUUUACAUGAAUAUUGCGCAGCAAAGCACUAAUGGCGUGGAUGCUAUUUUAGAAUUCAUGAACAAAAAUUUAGAUUUAUUUCAUAAAAACUCAAUUUAUAAUGAAAUUAUGAAUAACGUUUGCAUUGUAAUCGAACAGUUUAUCAGUAAUGAUGUCCAACUUGAAAAAUUUUAUCGAAUAUUGACUCAUGAUUUUGGCUCAAUUGGAAUUGUAAAUUUUGCUUCAUAUUUGUCUACUGCCACGGAUAAAGUACGUCGUGCAAAUAAGGUGUUUGACUUGAUGAAAGUUUAA